AUGGCGAGCCCACGGGCCUCCUGCUCACACUGUCUGCCGGGGCACGCCUUCUUCUGCUCCAGUGGACCCACCUGCCCUGCCAGCCCCUCCCUGCUGGCCCGGGUCCUACGGCUGGUGUACGUCGGUGAGCUCCCGCAGGACUUCCUCCGCAUCACGCCCACGGCCGCGCAGCAGCAGGUGCAGCUGGACGCGCAGGCAGCCCGGCAGCUGCAGUACGGAGGCGCGGUGGGUGCCGUGGGCCGCCUCAGCGUCACCGUGGUGCAGGCCAAGCUGGCCAAGAAUUACGGCAUGACCCGCAUGGACCCGUACUGCCGACUGCGCCUGGGCUAUGCAGUGUACGAGACGCCCACCGCCCACAAUGGCGCCAAGAACCCUCGCUGGAAUAAAGUCAUCCAGUGCACGGUGCCCCCCGGCGUGGACUCCUUCUACCUGGAGAUCUUUGACGAGGCGCUGCCGGCUGCCGUGAUGAUGCCGCCUCAGCCUGUGGUCCUGAUGCCCACCGUGUACCAGCAAGGUGUCGGCUACGUGCCCAUCACAGGUGUGCCCGCCGUGUGCGGCCCUGGCGUGGUGCCCGUGGCCCUGCCCCCGGCGGCCGUGAGCACCCAGCCCCGCUGCAGCGAGGAGGAUCUGAAGGCCAUCCAGGACAUGUUCCCCAACAUGGACCGGGAGGUGAUCCGCUCCGUGCUGGAAGCCCAGAGAGGGGACAGGGACGCGGCCAUCAACUCCCUGCUCCAGAUGGGCGAAGAGUCCUAGGGCCCCGGCUGCCACGCUGCCUCUGCCCCUCUCGACCUGCCGGCCCCGCCCCCCUCCCCGUUCCUGUGAAGGAGCCCCGUGUAGCCUUUUCUCAGCCAUCUGUAGCCCCAUUCCUCACCCUCGUUUGGGAUGCAUGCGGGUCGUUGGUCCCCAGCCACUGAGUGCCACCACCGCUUGGGUGCGGGUGUGGGCGGGCCUGUCCCUCACUUUGUCGGGAGAAGAGUGGGCACGUGGGCCGUGUCCUGUCCACACGCUCUCCCCCUGCCGCUUAGGGACGUGUGUCUUCAAGUGCCGUGUGCUUCUGCUCCGCACGCUGUCCCGAGAGCGCUCCGUGCGAGCAGCCUGACUCUGCCGGCGCUUUAGAAAGCGUCCCGUGCCCGCCUGGUUUGACGAUGGCAUGCGGUUACUUUACUCAUUCGGGGUAGACCUCAUAUUUCAGGCACAUAGGACAUUGACAGCCGAUCGGGAUGGUUUUUACGAGUCAAGCUUCAAAUUCACGUCCGUCCCUUGUUCCUUGUCUGUGGUCCGCGGCCGCUCACCAGCGCCCUGGGCAGGCCGACCUCUGUGUUGCCGGCCAGCAGCAGGUUCAGCGCUGAUGUCCGUCCACCCGCCUGUCCCCACCCGUGGGCUCUGGAGCAGGGCUGCCCUGGGGACCCCGUUAAGCAUUUUCCUGCUGUGUCUCACGCCGACUUUGUGGGCUGUUUUUCCGAGGGACUGCCCCUCCGCUCCCUGACCAGCUCUUGGAACAGAACGUAAAACCGAGGGUGAAAAGUAGAAGGGCAGUACUUUGUAUUUGUUUAUUAAAGGGUAUCGGGAACCGUUGGCUUACAACUGACGUUGAUUUAAGUAAAUGUGUACCGGUCCUGCGGGUUCAGUUUGGACAAAAAAAAUAGCAAACCGAUGAAUGUUCAAGGCUUCCUAGAGGCAAGGGGUGCACGUGCGGCGCUGUGGACCGCGUGGCGGCCGAGGCUCCCGUUGUGACCACAGGAUGGGACAGGGCGGGGGACACCUUGUGGAAAUCUGCAACGUGGGAGGGGUCUCGGGCACUGCUUGGCCCAGGCGCGUGCACGCACACUCGCCUCCAGACGGCCUGGUUGCCGUGGGCCCCGCGGCCCCCGACGGUGUGGCCCUGCGAAGGCUCAGCCUGAGGACCGGACUCCGUCCAGCCUUCGCUGCACGCGGGGCCUCCUGUCAGUUGGAGGAUG